CGGGUGUGGCGAUGUGUAUUAUCAACGGUAUAGGCCUACGACCUACAUGCAUGAAACGAUUUGAUUUGCGGACAUAUGAAUCAAGAUUUGACAUCCAUGGAUAUUUUGCGGGAUAUUUUGCCACAUUCUUGAGGGAAUUUCUAUUCCAACAUGGAAGUUGAAGAGAACUGAUUUAGAAAGCUCUGAAAAAAAACAUUUCGUCCCUCAAUGUUUAAUCAUCUCGAUAUACUAUGACCAUGAUCUUUGUUCGAUCGAUCGACGUUAAAGCGAUAACUUUUCUUGGGGUCACCGUAUCUUUGAUGAUAUAUAUUGUGAUAUUGAACUAUGGAUCUUCAGUUUUAUUCAGUUAUCAUAUCGACGCCAUGCCUUACAAGAGGGCAUCGAUAUUCGUUAAGUCGACUCUGAACAGCACAGUCGUUCAAGCGUUACGAAAGACAGUCGGGACGCAAAUGCAUCAAAGAAAGCCAAUAAAGAUAUUCUAUGGCAACAACAAGACAGCCAUCAGUGAAAUACCAGAGCGAGUGGAGUCUUGCGCUCUUGUGGGGAAUUCGGGAAUACUUUUGAACAGCGGUUGUGGCCAUCUGAUAGACGAAUCCGACCUGGUUAUCAGGAUGAAUUUGGCCGAGUUUGGUCACGAGUACUCCCCCGACGUGGGUUCGAAGGUAUCCUUUAUGACCAUCAACGGGGAACAGUGCAGACUCUUGAAAGCGUGCUUCACAAAUAAAAAGAAAGAAAAUGAAUCAGCCUCUGAGUGGUUGACAAGAAUACCUGCAGAGUGCGGCACUACGAUCAACAGGCUGAAGCUACUAAAGAAUGAUAGUGUCCUUUGGACAUCCAGGGGCCAUGCGGACAAGAUAACUCCUCUUCUCCCUCAUCUGAGAGAACGGUUUCAUCUUUUCUUCAGCCACGGGAUCAAUUAUAAAUCUUUAAUUUCACCCGCAAUCCGGUUGUGGCAUUUUAGGGCGCCAUCGUCUGGCUUAACCCUUCUCGCCCCCAUGUUUCAACUGUGUGACGAGGUAUCGUUGUUUGGAUUCUACCCGUUCCACACGGACCCGUACAAUCGGACAAUUCUACAUCAUUAUUAUGAGCCGGAGGUAUACGUGAACUAUACAACGAAUGCCCACAAAAUGCCGGAAGAAUAUCAGUUUCUCUUGGACCUGGAAAAUAAAGGCGCGAUCAGAAUUAUCAACAAUUGCACCCCAAGCAAUUAGGAUUUGUCCUACUGGCGAACAGAUUGGGGAACGGGGGCAUGGUAGAAUAAAGAAUAUCUUUGAUGUUAUAGAAGAAACGGGAUUUAGCAUUGAUGGGUAUAAUAUAAUUAAAACAUUUGUAUUAUCGAAAUUGAUAUUUCUUCACUCUAAACACAAAUGAGUCAAAAAUGAAUAGGUAGGGUCAGCUGGGUGCCGGGGCUGGAUACAACUGUUAUACUAGUCACAUUCGACUAUUUUAGUCGUAUUUAACAAGAACAGAGUCAUUUCUGACUAGAUAUAGUCAGAAAUGUGACUAUACAGUUGUCCUCAAAAUUAUUCAUACCCCUUGUGGAAAAACAUUCUUUGGUAGA